AUGACAUUGAAAGAGAUAUAUAUUGCUCGACAUGGGUAUCGAUCAAACUGGCUUCCACCACCACACCCACCAAAUCCUACUGGAAUUGACAGCGAUCCGCCUUUGGCGCCACACGGAGUUGAACAGGCAAAGCAACUUGCAGCGUAUUUGGUCUCGAUUCCAUCUGAAGAUUCCCCACAAUUUAUCUUAUCUUCGCCAUUUUAUCGUUGUGUUGAAACAGCAGAACCAAUUGCCCGGAUGCUUGGGUUGAAAAUUGGGUUGGAAAGAGGUGUUGGUGAGUGGUUUAGAAAGGGCAGAAACACUAUUCCCGUUCCUGCAAACUAUAAUGACUUGAACAAAUUCUUUAGUGAAGUCUUGGUAGAGGAGAAGGAAUGGCCCAGAGACCACAUUGGCGUGAUACCAAGCUUGGAAGGUGAGCUGCCGGAGGAUAUCUUGGCAAGAGCACAAAAUUUCUGGAAGGCAUUCAUUCCUCAAUUUGAGAAGGAACAUCCUGAGAUCUCAAACAUCUUGAUAGUCACACAUGCUGCAACAAAGAUUGCCUUGGGAAGUGCGCUAUUACAGUUGGAAACGGUCACAUCACCGAUUGACGACAACCAUGCAAUGUUGCGUGCAGGAGCAUGUUCCUUAUCGAAAUAUAUCAGAGCAGAUGAUACUUUCGCCACAGACAAUUUAAAAUGGAACUUGGUUAUGAAUGGUAAUUGCGAGUACUUGACACAAGGAGAAGAGAUGAAUUGGGACUUUACUACUGGGGUUGAGGCCGGAUCCAAUGAAGAUAUAGCGAGAAGGCAACACGAGGCAAAGAAGAAAAAAGAAGAAGAAGAAGCAGCAGCAGCAACAGCAGCGACAGCAACAACGACGACAGCAGGAACGGCAAAAAAUGGAUUAGGAAGCGAAGGUUCAAAUGUCAAUCAGAGCAGAGAGAUUAGUGAGGAAACAUCUUCAACUGGACCUAUAGUUCAAAGCAAGGAAGCUGUCGAGGACGACAUGGAGACAUUUUACAUUACAGUUGAUCUUCCAAACCUACCGCGUAAAAGAGAAGAUUAUGAAGAGCAAAUGGGCUCAGCAACAAGUAACCAUAAGCCGAAAAAGGGUACCCCAAAAGUUAAAAACUACAUUAUCAAGUCUUCAGCGCAAUUGCAAUUCACAGAUCUCAGUGUUGAAACUCCGUUGGUGAAGUUUUCCAAUAACUCUAACUUUGGCAUGGACUUGAAAGAUAGCAAUAGUGGUGUUGGUAGUGGUGUUGGUAGUGGUGUUGGUAGUGGUGUUGGUAGUGGUGUUGGUAGUGGUGUUGGUAGUGGUGUUGGUAGUGGUGUUGGUAGUGCUGGUAGUGUUUUGGGGAACACUAAUGGUGUACAUAACAUUCAUACAAUCGAUGCAUCUGAGUUGAUCAAUGAUCGAAUUUAUGAGACCAAAUGGAAAAAGUUAAUAGGGCUGGAAUUACUCUUUGAUGAUUAUGGUGACCUCAUUGGGCAAUUAAAGGAACAUUUGGUAAUUAAUGAUAAAGCACGGUUUGAACUACAUAAAGAACAAUCUAAUAUAGAUUAUGACGAAUGGGAAGAAUACAAUGAUGGGUCAGUGAGACCUGCCAAUGGAAGUAGUAAAAAAGGCCAAAGUGCAUUUUGGAAGAAGGCUAACAAGUUGGCCAGAGAGAAUGAAAAACGGUGGGAUUGA